AGAUGAGAACCUAAGCCCUGUUCCCCCGAAGCCCAUCGAGACCCGUGCGACCCGGCGUCUCCUCCGCCACCGGGCGCUGCUUCCCCGCCGCCGCCGCCGGGCGCACACCCGUGGCCGUAGGGCGCGUCCCGGUUGCUGGCGUCUCCACGGUCCAGAAGGCUAUAUGCUGCAAAAUGGCUCAACCUUCUGUCAUUCUUGCAACUGCAAGCUAUGAUCACACAAUCAGAUUUUGGGAAGCCAAGAGUGGUCGCUGUUAUCGUACAAUUCAAUACCCUGACUCUCAAGUUAAUCGUCUUGAGAUAACCCCAGACAAGAGAUUCUUAGCUGCUGCUGGCAAUCCUCAUAUCCGCCUUUUUGACAUCAAUUCAAAUAGCCCUCAACCGGUAAUUAGCUAUGAUUCGCAUACUAGUAAUGUGAUGGCUGUGGGAUUCCAUUGCGAUGGUAACUGGAUGUACUCUGGCUCUGAGGAUGGUACUGUGAGAAUCUGGGAUUUACGAACUGGCACUUGUCAGCGAGAAUAUGAGAGCCGUGCAGCUGUCAACACUGUAGUCCUGCACCCAAAUCAGAAAGAACUGAUAUCUGGUGAUCAGAAUGGAAACAUACGUGUGUGGGAUUUAGCUGCUAACUCGUGCAGCUGUGAACUGGUACCAGAGGUUGAUACCGCUGUAAGAUCUCUGACAGUUAUGUGGGAUGGGAGUAUGGUGGUUGCUGCAAAUAACCGUGGGACAUGUUACGUUUGGCGCCUGCUUAAGGGUACUCAGACAAUUACCUGCUUUGAACCUCUACACAAACUGCAAGCCCAUGAUGGCUACAUUCUGAAAUGCCUGCUUUCACCAGAAUUUUGUGACCCUAACAGGUAUCUUGCCACAGCAUCAUCUGACCACACUGUAAAGAUUUGGAAUGUCGAUGGCUUCAAGUUGGAAAGAACUCUAGUCGGCCAUCAACGCUGGGUUUGGGACUGUGUGUUCUCCGUCGAUGGUGCUUAUCUGAUAACUGCUUCUUCUGACACCACGGCGAGGCUAUGGACGAUGUCGACUGGAGAGGCCAUCCGGGUGUACCAGGGCCACCACAAGGCCACCGUGUGCUGCGCUCUCCACGACGGAGCUGAAUCGGCCCCUUCAUAAGCAUGCUGUGUGACUCUGCAUUCUGUACAUACUUUCGAUUGCAGAACUGUUUCAGCACUCCUACUGUAAUUUGAGAACUAGUGGCUGUUAACGUUGAGUUGCUGAAUCGCUGGGUCGUAGCUGCUGCGCUGUGCAGCAAACCUGUAGGGCUCUGUACAAAUAAUCCGCGUGCUGUUAACGUUGAGUUGCUGAAUCGCUGGGUCGUAGCUGCUGCGCUGUGCAGCAAACCUGUAGGCUGUAGGGCUCUGUACAAAUAAUCCGCGUGCUGUUGUCCGAUGUUUGUGCAGCAUCUUUUGUAGUAAGGCCGGACUCAGUGGAAGUGUCAUGAGCAUUAAAUUUGCUGACAUGAUAAUAUUUUUAUGAAGAGAGAGAAUGUGGAGUGUCAUAGAUUGUGAGAGGAGUGUCAUGGUGAUGACACUCCUCUGGCUCGAUUAUCUGGUUUAUAAUCUUAGUAACUGUGUCAACGACACUCCCACUGAGACUGGCCUAAGAAAUGAAGGAAAUCAAAUG